AUGUCCAGACGUGACUAUGCGUAAGUAUUGUUUUAAGUUAUUUAGCGUUACUAUACGAUAUUUAAUCCUAUAACAUCCAUGAGCAGGGCUUAGCAUUUUUACUUACUGUUUGACUUUGUUUUACAGAUCGGAGGCGAUUAAAGGAUCUGUGAUUGGAAUUGACCUGGGAACUACAAACUCCUGUGUGGCAGUCAUGGAGGGCAAACAAGCAAAGGUCGGUUGAAGUUUUAUCAGUAAUUUUAUGUUUGUAUGACCUGUGUAAUGUAAAGCCCUAAGAUCCCUUUGAAAUCCUCUAAUUACAGUUCAUUUUCUAGACUGUUAAUGCAUAGUAUGUUGUGUGACAGGUACUGGAGAAUGCAGAGGGAGCAAGGACAACUCCUUCAGUUGUGGCCUUUACAGCUGAUGGGGAGAGACUGGUGGGCAUGCCAGCUAAAAGACAGGCAGUCACCAACCCUAACAACACCCUCUAUGCCACCAAGCGUCUCAUCGGUCGCCGUUACGAUGACGCAGAGGUUCAGAAGGACCUGUGAGUGUGUUUUCCUAAGUUAGGUCUCAGACCUUACUAGCCAUUGUAAUGCAUAAUUAGUUGGAAAAUAUUUUGUAGUUGGAGAUUAAUGUAUGACAUGGUUGUUGUGGACUCACAGGAAGAACGUGCCCUACAAGAUUGUCCGUGCUUCCAAUGGUGAUGCCUGGGUGGAGGCCCACGGAAAGCUCUACUCCCCCAGCCAGGCCGGUGCCUUCGUGCUGAUGAAGAUGAAGGAGACAGCAGGUAAACUACCAAUCAAUCUUUAUUGCCCCCAGAGGGAAAACUAGCAUGUCAAUUCUGUUCCCAACUACGCCUGCCUGUGUUCUAAAAAACGUGCUCAUUACAAAAUUGGCUUGGUUUUAGAGAACUACAUGGGUCACAAUGUGAAGAAUGCUGUUGUCACCGUGCCAGCCUACUUCAAUGACUCCCAGAGACAGGUAAGAGCCUUUUCUUUGUCUGCUUAAUCAUUUAUGACUGGAACACACUGGUGGCCAAAAGUCACGUUGUCACUAGCUAUGCCUUUGCCAUUGACUCACAGAAUGGUGAUCUAGCAAGCCUUUCAACUGAUCAGUGCAUGCCAUGUGUAUUUAUGUAUUUGUGUAUGUGUGUGUAAUGAGUAGGUGAUUUUGUUUACAGGCCACAAAGGAUGCUGGUCAGAUUGCUGGGCUGAACGUGCUGCGAGUCAUCAAUGAGCCCACUGCUGCUGCUCUGGCCUAUGGUCUGGACAAGACUCAGGACAGAAUGUAACUAUAACAACCCUACAAACUGCUGUAAACUUAUGAGACCGUAGCAAUGACCCCAACUUUAUUUUGAUCCAUGCUAAAAGGUGUUUUGGCUCAUAUUUCAUACCUGUCCCCGAUUUGCAGCAUCGCAGUCUAUGACCUGGGAGGUGGCACCUUUGACAUCUCUGUCCUGGAGAUCCAGAAGGGCGUGUUUGAGGUGAAGUCCACCAACGGAGACACCUUUUUGGGUGGAGAGGACUUUGACCAGCACCUACUAACCCACAUUGUGAAGGAGUUCAAGCGAGAGGUGAGAAGGGGGAAAUAUCCUGGAUACACAACUUUCUAUGACCAAGCACAUCUACCAUAUUCAAGUGAGCCAGCCAUUUUGAUCAAACCUUUGAUUUCUCUUUCCAGUCUGGAGUUGAUCUGACCAAAGACAGCAUGGCUUUGCAGCGAGUGAGGGAGGCAGCCGAGAAAGCCAAAUGUGAACUGUCAUCAUCCCUGCAGGUGAGUUUCAUCAUCCCACAGCAGACAUUUCUCUCAUUACCUAAUUGGUAGGCUAAUGAUUAGACUAAACAAGACCAUUGUCAACAGAAGUAACUUGUUUGUAUUGUAUACAGUCCCUGGACCCUCAGGCUUUGUUUGAAGAUCGGUAAUCCCACAGCGGUAGUCGGCUGUACUGGCCGGCCCUAUGCCUGAGCUAGCUACACUGCUGGGAGAGGAAGGCUCUGUGGCCUAGUCCAGAAUACACUGUUUUAAUGGCUGAUGCUGAGCUGUAGCAGAGCUGUGACCUUUAGAGAGUGGGCUGUACCCGCACACUGGGGCAGCCCUAGUCUAAGGGCUAACAAAUAUGCAAUGCAGAGCUCUAGGGCUGGGCGAUAUUCACAUUUAUUUUUGCGCGAUAUUCCAAAUGCCUCUAUCGCAAGAAUGAAGUUCAUUUAAGUGUUUAUGUUCUCAUGUUUUUCGCGCCUUCUGCUGUGACUGUGCACGUUCCCAUUUGAAAGGCUCUGCAGUGGCCAUACAGCAUUUACUGUGAUGCUGCCUCCACAGAAGUCAGAACAUUCAUAGUUCUUGCACUUCGGUGAGCUGUCAUAUGUAUCCAAUAAAGUGGUCUGCUCCACUCUACUCGUAGUGAUUCAGGGCUAAUCUCUAUAGCCACCCAGCUAAUUACAAGCAACUGGCUAAACAAAAAGACAAGACCUAGCCUCUUCUGAGAUGUUGGAGUCUGUUUCCCUGUGCUUGACAUAGGAGCUCAGCCAAGAUGGCAUUUUCCCACCUUUCAUCUCCAUCCCGAAUCUCCCCAUUGCCCCCCCCCCCCCAAAAUUAGCCGACAUUUAGGCUAUUGUUACACAGUUACACCUUGUGCUAGGGACAAUAAAAGGCCACUAUGUUGAGGUAAAAAUCGGAGUAUAAUGCUUGUAUAGAUGUCAACCCCAAUACAUGUUCAUGUCAAUGUCAAUCAACUGCAUUAGUUACAAAUGACUGACUACCACUACCGAUUUCUGUAUGCUAGCUAUGAUACCAGCUUAUACGAAUGUAUCCAAAUCGGAUUUUAGUAACCACAUUGUGGGGCUAUUACAAUACAUCAAUCAUGACGGUUUUUACAAAUAUCCACUUUGUUAGAUAAGAUUUGUUGAAUGUCCAAUCCAGUGUCCUUUAUCCCCCACAGUCUGCAUUCCAUUGACCUUUACCACAUCUAUCCCCGUUACCGCCCGAUUUCUUCCCAUGUGUUCUAACUUAUUUUCGUGCCUCUAAAAUCCCUACACAAGGUUUCAUAAAGAUUUUUUUAUUUUAUUUGUGAAAUUAUUCUGAUAGCCUGUCUUCAAAGUUCUCCAUGUUUGUGGUCAAGGAAGUGAUUUUGUUUAUACAGGAUGUACCGCCCCCACCUACCAUCAACCAAUCAUGUCAAUGCGGAGCUAUACGGAGUCCUCCGCAUUGUUAAAACAUUUGGGAGGCGCACGGCAAUGCAGUACGGAUCUUGAUUUGGCUUCCGGAGGUUACGCAAUUGCGUCACAUCCUCCGUUCUGAGCCUCCGGAUCGCAUUGCAGGAUCAAGUGUAAAUUGGCUUUUACACACACUCAAAUUGCGCACAGCAGACACUACUGAAACAGGAUUAGUAAUUAACAUUGAUUCUGGAAAAUUAUGACUCACUUUGUCGCCCAUGGCAUUACGGUACCGCUAGCAGCAUUUUAGCCACAGACUGUUAUAUUUGUUGUCUAGUCGGUUUUUAUAAAUGUGCAAUAAGCAUGAAAAACAAUUUUAUAAGGAAUUGGUAACUCGCUCAUUCUGAGAAAGAAGGUAUGCCAGAUGAUUUCAACAUCUAACCAAAGUGGACAGGCUGGCAUGCUGUUCAAACAGUUUAAGACCGACAGAAGUGUGUUCAUAACAAUUCAACUUUUCUACCGUGUUCGCUAGCAAAUAGAUCCAAGUUGGUUCAACUUGAAAUAUAUCAAAAAGAAAAGGAAAGCCGCACACUCUAGGAGCUCAGAUGCAAUAAUUUAAUAUCUUAAUAACCAACGUUUCGACAGACAAGUUGUCUUCAUCAGGGUAUAAUUGUCUGUCGAAACGUUGGUUAUUAAGAUAUUAAAUUAUUGCAUCUGAGCUCCUAGAGUGUGCGGCUUUCCUUUUCUUUUUGAAGUGUUUUACGCCGUCAGCCAGCACCUCGCCUAAAUAGGUGUGCGUUUCUUUCGCCUUUAUAUCUCAACUUGAAAUAUAACCAUUUGUUGGCUACUCACUAGCACCUGGGAUUGUGCUUGAGAUAUUGUUUAUGAGCACUUUGUUAAUUUGUAUGAUGCCUGCUACAAGAAGUUAGUCAUUAUUAGUGAAUGUGCAUUAUGCAUGGUUCUGGUUUAAAUUUGUAUGAACUAUUUUAUACAAUUUAAUUAUUAGUGGGUCUUAUGGUUGUGGAAGGCUUAUAUUUAGCCUAGGUAUAAUUUCACAAGCCCUGAAUUCAUGAGAUUAUUGCUGGCUGGUUGAAAUGCAGAAUAUUUGACCUUUUAAUUGUACAACAAAGCUUAUUUAGAGAAUUAAAAAUAAAGUAUAUUGUGCCUCGCCCAUACAUUUUAAGGGACCAAAAGUAUUGGGACAAAUUCACUUGUGUAUUAGUUGUAAAAAGUAACGUUUUUGGUCCCAUAUUCAUAGCACACAAUGACUACAUCAAGCUUGUGACUACACCUUUGUUGGAUGCAUUUGCUUUUUGUUUUGGUCAUGUUUCAGAUUAUUUUGUGCCCAAUAGAAAUGAAUGUUAAAUAAUGUAUUGUCACUUCUUGUAACUAAGAAUGUUUCUAAACACCUCUACAUUAAUGUGGAUGCUACCAUGAUUACGUAUAAUCCUGAAUGAAUCGUGAAUAAUAAGUGAGAAAGUUGUGUGCAUAGCUCACUCAUUAUUCGCGCUUCAUUCAGGAUUCUCUGUAAUCAUGGUAGCAUCCAUGUUAAUGUACACGGAACAAAACUAUAUAAACGCAACAUGUAAAGUGUUGGUUUCAUGAGCUGAAAUAAAAUAUCCCAGAAAUGUUACAUCCGCACAAAAAGCUUUUCUCUCGUUUUGUGCACAAAUUUGUUUACAUCCCUGUUGGUGAACAUUAUUCCUUUGCCUAGAUAUGCCACACCUGUCAGGUGAAUGGAUUAUCAAGAAGCUGUUGAAACAGCAUGAUCAUUUCACAGGUGCACCUUGUGCUAGGGACAAUAAAAGGCCACUUUAAAAUGUGCAGUUUUGUCACACAACACAAUGCCACAGAUGUCUCAAGUUUUGAAGGAGCGUGCAAUUGGCAUGCUGACUGCAGGAAUGUCUACCAGAGCUGUUGCCAGAUAAUUAAAUGUUAAUUUCUCGACCAAAAGCCGCCUCCAACGUCGUUUUAGAGAAUUUGGCAGUACGUCCAACCGGCCUCACAACUGCAGACCACAUGUAACCACGCCAGCCCAUAACCUCCACAUCCAGCUUCUUCACCUGUGGGAUCAUCUGAGACCAACCACCCGGACAGCUGAGGAAACUGUGGGUCUGCACAACCAAAACAUUUCUGCUCAAACAGUCUUAGGGAAGCUCAUCUGCAUGCUCGUCAUCCUCACCAGGGUCUCAACUUGACUGCAGUUCGGCGUCGUAACCGACUUCAGUGGGCCAAUGCUCACCUUCAAUGGCCACUGGCAUGCCGUAGAAGUGUGCUUUUCACGGAUGAAUCUCGGUUUCAACUGUACCGGGCAGAUGGCGUCGUGUGGGUGAGCGGUUUCCUGAUGUCAAUGUUGUGAACAGACUGUCCCAUGGUGGGGUUAUGGUAUGGGCAGGCAUAAGCUACGGACAAUGAACACAAUUGCAUUUUCUGGAAGCUGAAUGUCCCAGUUCUUCCAUGGCCUGCAUACCCAGACAUGUCACCCAUUGAGCAUUUUUGAGGUACUCUGGAUCGACGUGUACAACAGCAUGUUCCAGUUCCCGCCAACAUCCAGCAACUUCGCACAGCCGUUGAAGAGGAUUAGGGCAACAUUCCACAAUCAACAGCCUGAUCAAGUCUAUGUGAAGGAGAUGUUGCGCUGCAUGAGGCAAAUGGUGGUCACACCAGAUACUGACUGGUUUUCUGAUCCACGCCCCUACUUUUUUGUUGUUGUAGGUAUGUGACCAACAGAUGCUUAUCUGUAUUCCCAGUCAUGUGAAAUCCAUAGAUUAGGGCCUAAUGAAUUUAUUUCAAUUGACUGAUUUCCUUAUGAACUAACUCAGUCUUUUAAAUUUUCAUUUUGAAUUUAUAUUGUUCAGUAUGGAAGUGUUUAGAAACAUUAUAUUCUUACAAUAACAGUGACUCAAAUGACAAUACAUUUAUCAAAUAGUUAUUUGGCACAAAAUCUGAAAUGUAAAAACUGAUCAGUUGUGGUAAAAGGACUAUCUUGCUGUAACUGUUGGUUUGAGUUGGGGCUAUCGUGGUUGUGUACAUUUAAAACACAAAUGGUGGUUUGCAGUUCAAAGGGCUGUUGCCCAGUUUAUUUCAGUUUAAAUGUUGAAGAUAAGGUUGAGGAUGGUUAACAAGGAUGCAAAGGAAACAAAAACAUGAAUCUCAAUAACAUUAAAAUAAUAUUACAGUGAAGUAACUUAAGUGAUAUCUUUAAACAUGAGUAAAGGAAAUGCAUAAAGCAACCGACUAUAUCAAACAAAUGUUCUCAAUCAAAUGAUGGUAUGAAUUAAGAACAAUCUUACUUAAACGCAUCCAAAAAUACACAAAGGAAAGUUACAAGAGAAAAGGUGUCUUGUAACAAAACCCUUGCAAACUGAAACGGUAAGGUCUGCCACACUGAUUAGUGACAGGUGUGUGUAUUUAAAGGUGAUGAAGGAGCUGGCGUCCCGCCUCUGCUGGAGGGGGAUUGGACAGAGGAUGGUCGUUGGUGAGGGGACUGUCGGUCAGGGUAGAGACAAUUCGACCACAGAAACAACCAAAACAAGCUGCAAAUGCAUCCAACAAAUGUGUAGUCACAAGCUUGAUGUAGUCAUUGCAUGCUAUGAAGAUGGGACCAAAUGCUUAACGAUUUACUACUUUAAUACACAAGUGAAUUUGUCCUAAUACCUUUGGUCUCCUAAAAUGUACAAAAAGUGCGGUAUUUCUAAACCGUUCACCCGAAAUGGAUGAAAAUAACCUCAAAUUAAAGCUGACAGUCUGCACAUUAUCCUCAGUCAUUGUAUCAUUUCAAAUCCGAGGUUCUGGAGUACAGAGCCAAAACAACAUAAAAUGUAUCACUGCCCCAAUACCUUUUGGAGCUCACUGUAGGUUAACCCCUUUUCAGUGUAGAUGAAAGAACACUCAUAGAUCCUUUUUCCUCCCACAGACCGACAUCAACCUGCCCUACCUGACCAUGGAUGCCUCUGGCCCCAAGCACUUGAAUAUGAAGAUGACCCGCUCCCAGUUUGAGGGCAUCGUGUCUGACCUGAUCCGCAGGACAGUGGCCCCCUGCCAGAAGGCCAUGCAGGAUGCAGAGAUCUCCAAGGGGGACAUCGGUGAGGUGCUGCUGGUCGGUGGUAUGUCUCGUAUGCCCAAGGUGAGCAGAUCUCUCCCAGCCUUCCUGGUUCUAUCCCACCUCUUCAUCAUGCUCUGCCCCUGUCUGACCACCCAUCCUGUUGUCUUCUCUCCCAGGUCCAGCAGACAGUCCAGGACCUGUUUGGCCGUGCCCCAAGCAAGUCAGUCAACCCAGACGAGGCUGUGGCCAUUGGAGCUGCCAUCCAGGGAGGCGUGCUGGCUGGAGAUGUUACUGAUGUGCUCCUUCUGGACGUCACACCCUUGUCUCUCGGUAUUGAGACCCUUGGGGGGGUGUUCACCAAACUUAUCAACAGGAACACAACCAUUCCCACCAAGAAGGGCCAGGUGAGGGACAAACAUCAGAUUUUUAUUCUGUCUGAAGCGGUCUGGUGAAACGUAUAUUAAUUGUAUAUACUUCAUUGUCUUACCUCAUCAGUGGUACUGAUGCAUUCUUCCUUGUGCUUAGGUGUUCUCUACAGCAGCUGAUGGCCAGACCCAAGUGGAGAUCAAAGUAUGCCAGGGAGAAAGAGAGAUGGCAGCAGACAACAAGAUCCUGGGACAGUUCACUCUGGUAAGUGUCCUAGCUGAUUCAUACUUACUAAACUUAAAGUUUAUCUUUACGUCUCUGAAGGAUACUAAUGUCUUACUGGUGUUUUUCUCAUGCAGGUUGGAAUUCCACCUGCCCCACGCGGAGUACCUCAGAUUGAGGUCUGCUUCGACAUUGACGCCAAUGGAAUCGUGCACGUGUCUGCCAAAGACAAAGGCACAGGCCGUGAACAGCAGAGUAAGAUCAUCUAACAUCCUGCCCUUGAAAUACAUGCUAACUUUUAGUAGGUCUUCAAUAGUAUGAAUUUACUUUGUCUAACACAGCCUUUCCCCUCACUUCUCCAGUUGUUAUCCAGUCCUCCGGUGGCCUCAGCAAGGAUGACAUUGAGAACAUGGUUAAGAACGCAGAGAAGUAUGCUGAGGAGGACCGGAGGCGAAAGGUAGGGUUGACAAUUUCUUCUCAUCAAGCAUCCAUUUAACUUUUAUCAGUUACAUCAACUGCAGGCUACUCCCAGCUGGAGUUGUGAUGUGUUUUGAUGACCGUGUGCUGUGAAUGCUGACAGUUGUCCUUGAAUCCCUGUUUGUUUUUGCCCAGGACCGUGUUGAGGCUGUUAACCAGGCAGAGGGCAUCGUCCAUGACACUGAGUCCAAGAUGGAAGAGUUCAAGGAUCAGCUCCCUGCUGAUGAGGCAUGUUGGAUAUAUAUAUAAUUUACAUAGGAUUUAAAGGGCUUUAAAAAAAAAAACAAAGACACUGAACAACAAAAUUGACAAGAACAGCAAUGCCUCUGAAACAUCCCAAACAAUCCCAAAUAUCAGGUAAUUCCAUAGUCCUAGUAUUUGACUUUCUUCCCCCAUCUUUCAGUGCAACAAACUGAAGGAAGAGAUUACCAAAGUGAGAGACUUGCUGUCACGGAAGGACGAAGAGACUGGCGAGAAUAUCAAACAGGCUGCCACCACCCUCCAGCAAGCAUCACUCAAACUCUUUGAAAUUGCUUACAAGAAGGUAAUUGUCUCAACACCGCAAUAUUGUCAAAUAUAUUUUCCUUCACUUGCAGUUCUAACGGAGUUUGACCAACCUGGAAUAAGCCUGGAUUGGUUGCUUAGCUUGUCAAUCAAGAGCCCACCAUACUUUUUUACAAUGGGUCAAUUGAAAUAUUACUGUUAUAUUUAACUGAAUAUUUGUCAAUUUCUUCCCAGAUGGCAUCAGAGAGGGAAGGCAGCAGCUCUGGAUCAUCAUCAUCAUCAUCUGAAGGUGGAGCUGGAGAGAAAAAAGAAGGCCAGCAGUAA